GCGUAAUAUACAAACCCGGGCUUCUCCUUUGCCUCUCUCUACGUUUCUCUCUCUAAAAGUCUAAAGCGCAAAAACGCAAGUUUUUCAGCUGCGAGUUUUUGAUACAUUUACAACGAAUUACAUCACACUAACAGUUAGUGGGACUCAAUUACCCGCCAAUAAGUUCUCACGUUCUAAUUUUUUCCCUAUGGAUUCAACGGCUGAGAUUGAAUCCGAUCGGAAAAGGUCAGCGGAUGAUCGAGGAUUCGAAAUCCCGGUUUCUAAGAAGGCGCGGCGGGGAAUGAUGAUGAUUAGGAAUGUGAAGGAAGUAGCUGAGAUGGUGCUUGUACUCUCUGCUUUAGGGAAGAUGAGGGGAGGUAGGGGUCCUACUGCUGCUGAGAAGGAGAUGGUGGCAGAGGCCAGGGACAGAUUGGCUGAGCUGUGCUUGAAAUUUGGGCCCAAGGAUGUGUUUCCGAGUGAUGCUUUUGGAGGUGUUAUUGAGGAUCUUGGGCUUAAUAAGCUGAAGGAACAGAGUUUAGGAAUUUGGCCUCCCAAAAUGUCUAUUGCUGAGAAGCUACUCCUUGCCAAAAGAAAGAUGACACAGGAAUUUUCUCUACCCUCAGCCAGCUAUUCAUCUCAAAGGUCUCAAACUGCAGUGGGUACAGCAGCUGAAAGCCAUAAUGCAUCACACACUAAGAUGUUUCCUCAACCAAGUCAAACGGUAAAUUCAUCAGGAAGCUUCCAACCUGCUUCAUCUUUGGGACAUGGAACUCCCGUAAGUUCUGCAUCUUUACCUUAUCAGCUUCCUACCAGUGAGGUCAGGCCUUCAAUCUCCAGUGUAGUGGUCUCUGGUAAUCUUGUAAGGGAUUCUUCUUCACCAGCACCUCCCGGAGUUGGAAGACCACAUUUCCGAAUGGAUGGACGACCAAGUGGAUCUUCCCAUACUUUGCAAGUUCAAGCAGCUACUGGCAAUCAUUCAACUGUCAGAACUCCAACUUGGUCGGUGCAACCUGCAUCAGUUUCUUCAGUAAAACUUGGGGCAGAUAACAAGGUGACGCCAGUUGAGGGAGGUGCUGAUGUUAGGUCAACGAUGGUACCACAAACAAUAUCUAGGCGAUUUAUUACUCAGAGCACAACUGGAAAUGUACCAAGUGUAUACCCUCAUUUACAAUGCGCAAGCACUAUUCAGGCUCCACCUCCGAGCAAUACUCAUUCUGAGAUUGGCAAGCUUGUUCAGAAGUUUUUACAACCCCUGCUACCUGAGCGGCUUGCAUGGACUGCACCAUCCCGUGAUUACAUGAAUAAGACUUUGACUUGCCAAAUGUGCAGGUCAACAGCAAAUGAGGUUGACAAUGUACUUGUCUGUGAUGCCUGUGAAAAAGGUUAUCACUUAAAAUGUCUUCAAACAACAAAUCAAAAAAGUGUUCCUAGAGGGGAAUGGCAUUGUGGAAAGUGCUUGGCGAUAACUAAUGGCAAGCCUCCGCCCCCUAAAUAUGGUCGUGUGAUGCGGAACAUCAACGCCUCUAAAAUGCCUACAAUUGCAGCAGCGGUUCAAUCAUCUCCAGAUAGAAAAGGCUUUGGUCCGAAAGAGAAGGUUAGUCAGUUGAACAUUAUGGGGAAUGGAAAUGUUACAGUGCAGAACUCCACUACCAUUGGUAUAACAAAUAAUCUUAACCAUCUACCAUCUGGUCCAAAGAUGGAAAAUGACAAAAGAAUAGGGGGAGCUGAUGAUAUGUCCAUUAAAGGAAAUGUGGAGAGUAAAGUUUCUUCCGCAAUCUGUUCAACUAAUUUGACUUCGGGAAACUGUUCAAAUAAUUUGUCAGUAUCUUCCAGUGAUAACUGUCUCUCUCCUUCUGCUCACCCAUUGGUUCAUAGAUCUUUUGAAGAGAAGGUGGUUGAAGUGAAAACUCUGCCUCCUGGAAAAUUCGAAACAGUUUCCAAGUCAUGUGAUCUCUCACAACCCUUCAAUCACCUACAGGCCAAUGACCAAGCACGACUAGCAAAUACUAUAGAGAUACCUUCCCAGCAGUUUCCUGGUAGUCAGUCCAUGGUCGGUGAUUCCAAGGAAUCUAGUGCUAGAGCAAGUUCAGCUAAUAGUUCAAGCGAUGAAUGUAAACGAGAAGAUGAAGGUGGUGGACGGACAAAUCUUGACGAAAUUCCUAUUGCCAGUAAUGGGGAUGCCGAAUGUGUUAGCUCUACAUCAGAUCUCUUUCAUACCGUUGAUUGGAUCGGCAAUGUGCUUCAAGUUGCAGACGAGAAACAUUAUUACCAAUCUUGUCGGCAUAAUGGGUUCAUAUACAAUGUUCAGGAAUAUGCUCUUAUUCGGUUUGAGGAUGAGAGAUUGAUUCCUUCAAAGCUUGUGGCUAUGUGGGAGGAUAUAAAAGCAGGAAAGAAAUGGGUUACUGUCAAUCGGUGUUACUUCCCAAGGGACUUGCCACAGGGCGUUGGCCGCCCAUGUAGCUUGGAAAGCAAUGAGGUUUAUUUAUCUAAUUGUAGUAGCACUGUGGUGGCUGGCCAGAUAGAAGGUCCAUGCGAAGUACUUCCUUCGAGCAAGUUUAAUGAAGAAAGAGAGAGGGUAUCUCGCCUAGAAACAAGGUCUAAUGGUGGAUUACGGCCUCUCUACAUAUGCAAAUGGAUUUAUGAUGAAUCGAAAGGGCUAUUCCGUGACGUUUCCUGUUGAUUUAGGGUCAGAUGGCAAUCUUCUGUAUGUUGCCACUAUUUCUUGGCUCUUAUCUCUGAUUAGCUUAUUGAAGCACUGGCCCCUCGAGCAUUCUGGAGGAAGUCUUUGAUGGUUUACACUUACAACAUGUAGCUUUUGUCCUUUUUUUUCUCCCUCAAGUUAUAACCAUUGAAGAGGCUGCAAACAAGUCUAGAUUUGAUCUAUGAUAACAGCCACCCCAAGAGAGCAAUCGUUUGUAUAUUGUUGGUUCAGAAAAUUAUGGAAUAAAAGUUACCUUGCUUUUUGGCCUUUGCUUAGCAUUCUUCUUCUCAGUUGUCUGUCCCUGCAUUUUCCUACCCGAAUGCAUUCGUUGCUAAACAGAUUUCUUCUCCUCAACACGUCCGGAAGAAAUUGUUAGUUGGCCUCAAUGAUAGUUUUUUUCUUGCACUUUUGAGUUAUUAUCCCUGACUAAGGUAUUUCCUUUCAACUUGGGGAUGCAAUCUGCUCAAUAUUAGCGAGCAUUUCGACUGAGCUGUUCUAUUCUUUUUUGUUUGAGCUGAAAUGUUGAGGGUGAUGUUACUUUUGAAGGUUGGGUAGUUUCUUAGUUGUGAAAUGUACAAUGGAAUAAGUUGAGAUGUUAAUUUUGGCUGGUUAA